AGUAGUUGGUGAUGGAAUCUGAGGAGCCCCCGGAUGGGGGCGGAGGUGACUCCAUAAGUCAUGAUUGUGUGAUGUCUAGUGAAUCUAUAAUCAGAGAAGACUCCAAAAAAGUCCUAAAGGCUGCCAAACGCUCUCAAACCGCUGCAGAGAGUAUUCUAAACAAACGGGAUGCUUCCUCUCCCCCUAGCGCUUCGAUUCAACACACAUUCACACUCCCCGAAUUUAGCGGUACUAAAUUGAAGUAUAACGACUCCGAUCAAGGCCCUUUUAUUGUCCACGCCUCACGAGUGGAACCCGACCCAUCAGCUGGUUAUACGAUUAAUUUACUUAAAUUUGCUCAAAUUAUUUACAGAAGCAAGGUUUCUGGUGUUCUCAAGGGAGGAAUUAAAUCAGCAGGACGCAACCGUGUUGUUGUUGAAUUUGAGAAUGCUUCUUCUGCCAAUAAUUUCAUUGACAGUCCAUUGUUCCAGGAGCAUAAUUACAAAAUAAUUAUCCCAGCUUUUCACAUUACCCGAAUGGGUAUUGUGAAGCAAAUUCCCAUCGACUGGUCUAUGGAGGAGUUUCUGAGUAGUAUCGAAUGCUACACCCCUGGUUGCCGGGCUAUAAAAGCAAGACGGUUGAACCGAAAAUCUGUUACUGACGGUAAAACUGAAUGGUUACCUACUCAAACAGUCGUUGUGACAUUUUUAGGUCAAACCUUACCUGAGAGAAUCUUUUGUUGUUACACUUCACUUCCAGUAUCCCUCUACUCCCUUCCCACUAUCCAAUGCAACAAUUGCUGUCGCUUUGGGCACACUCAAGAUAAAUGCAGGUCCAAGCCAAGGUGCUUUGUGUGUGCUCAACCUCAUCAUGGACGUUCCUGUAAAGUACCCCAUUGUGAGGCUACAUGUCUGUCUUGCUCAGGUCCACAUCUGGCUACUGACCCCAAUUGCCCAGAACAUAUGAGACAGAAACAGAUAAAAAUUGUGAUGUCAGAGGAAAAUAUCCCAUACAAUGAAGCCUCUCUCCGUUUUCGCCCUACCCGUCGCUCUUUUGCUGACUCCGCACGUUCUCCUCCCAACUCUAUGUCCACUCCCACUCGCCCUACGAUGAGCCCUCUCACUCCUAUUUAUGAAAUCUCCAGCCCUCUAAUCCCUCCUGUUUCAUCCCAACGGAAAACUGUUCUUCUCAACCAACGACCUCGCCCUCCCCUUAGUAAGGGAUUCGAUAAAGAAGCUCACUCUGCCCUAGUUAGUUCUCCAAAAUCUUCCCAGCCUAAUGGCUGUGCUCUUAUAACUUCAGAUAAUGAUGGAAGUGCCCUUCUUCUUAAACAAUCCCUUAUCUAUUCAUUGAUUCCUCUCCCUCACCACUCUCCCUCUUUUAAUAUUGUAGCCGUCAGGGCUAUAAAUACAACCUUCGUGUCAAUUUAUAUUCCUUCUCCUAAUUCUUCCAUUAUUUCUGAAUUAAGCUCUAUCCUCUUAACUCUUCCUAUCCCUUUAGUUGUUGUAGGUGACUUCAACUGCCAUCAUACUAUGUGGGGUUCCCUUCAGUGUGAAUACCCGUUUGUUCCUGAGUCAUGGAAACAUCAAAUCAUCAUUCCUAUCCUUAAACCUCAUAAAGAUCCUAAAGAUCCCUCCUCCUAUCGUCCUAUUGCCUUAUCGUCAGUUCUGGCCAAAAUUAUGGAACACUUAAUAAAAAAUAGAUUAGAAUGGAUUCUUGAAAGCAGGAAUAUCUUGCCAAAAUCGCAGUUUGGGUUUAGAAAAGGUAUGGGCACGAUGGACAGCCUGAGCGUGUUCUCUUCGGAAAUUCGCCUGGCCCUCUCAAGGGGACACCAUCUUGUUGGUGUCUUUCUUGACGUCACUUCAGCCUAUGAUAAUGUUCUCCUCCCGCUACUCAGGCAGAAAAUGCUCCAGCUGAGUCUUCCCGCGAGGAUGAUUAAUGUUAUAUGUAACCUUUUCAUGCAACGUUAUAUUUCUGUUCGAGUCCAAGGUACUAUGCAUCCCCCAAGAAUAGUAUGGAAGGGGUUACCACAGGGAUCAGUUUUAAGUCCCAUUCUCUAUAGUUUAUAUACUUCUGAACUUGACUCUUCUUGUUCAUCCAAUUGUAACAUAUUACAAUACGCAGAUGAUAUAGCCCUAUAUUACGCCUCAGAAUCUAUCGACGAUUGCUCUGUUCGCCUUAAUUCUGCUAUACAAAAUCUUUAUAUCUGGCUAGAGGAUCAUGGCUUAUCUCUGUCUGGUCCCAAAAGCUCUGCAGUGGUGUUUUCCAGAAAAAGAUUGAUACCAGAUGUUGAUAUUAUUCUGGAAAAUGAGACCAUCCAAGUAAAAAAUAACGUAAAAUUUUUGGGGGUAUACUUUGACUCUCGUAUGACUGGCACGGUCCAUCUUAAUUACAUUAAGGAAAAAUGUGAGCUUGGUGUAAAUGUUUUGAGGUCUCUUUCAGGUGUGUGGUGGGGUUCUCAUCCCUACACUCAGAAACUCCUUUAUAACGCCAUUGUUCGGAUUCAUUUUGAUUACGGGUCAUUCUUGCUUGAACCGUGUAAUAAAUCUGCUUUAGCCGAUUGGGACAAAAUUCAAGCUAAGUGUCUCCGCAUCAUUUGUGGUGCCAUGAAGUCCUCCCCCAUAAAAGCUCUCCAAUGUCACUCUGCUGGAAUUGAGGUAGCCCUUGCUUGGAUUCCUGGCCACUCCGGGAUUUCUGGCAAUGAACAGGCUGAUAUAUGUGCUAAGUGGUCUAUUCGCAAUGGUACGGAGACUUAUGCUAACUGUUUUGCCCAAGAUUUACGUUCUCUCGCUAAAAUUGAUCUGAAUAAGCGCUGGAAUGAUAUCGUGCUACUGGUCAUUUGGCAGAACGAAAAAGUGCUGUUUUAA